UGACUCACAUACUCAAAAGCAUUGCUGACCUCACGGAAGCGCACUCAGAUAUUUUUCUUUGCUUAGUAUCCUACAGCCAAAUCUGACAAAAUGAUGAAGUGUGGAGGAACAAGUGAGGUGAAACCAGCGGACCAAAAGAUUCAGGACAUUGCAGAUGCUGUGAGGAGUCAGGUGGAGGAGAAAGCAGGAAAAAAAUAUGAUUCGUUCCAGGCCAAAGCUUACACAACCCAGGUUGUAGCUGGAACCAACUACUUUAUCAAGAUCCAAGUUUCAGAUGAAGACCAUGUCCAUGUUCGUGUCCACAGAGGGCUUCCUCACACCGGAGGUGCACUGGAGGUCCAUGGUCUUCAGGAGUCAAAGAGUCACCAUGAUCCCAUUGAGUAUUUCUAAAAGAUUCUCCACUAUGAAUAUCCCAUAUGUGCCUGUAGGCUGCCACAAAACACACAAAAAAAUGUUAUCCAGUUUUAUUCUAUGAUAAAGAAAUAGUCUGUAGCUAAUUGUUACAAAAUGAUCACGUAUUUUGUACAAGCAUCAUUAAAGAUACGUUGUUAUUUCAUAAA